AGGAAGCAGAAACCAGAAUAUUUUAAAUCCCGCAUUGAGAACAUAUCAAAGCUCUGGGACGCAUUUUCAAUGGAGGAAUGUAAUAUCAAAAAAAUAACUCAAAACUCAAAAAUUGAGCACAGUUAUUUCUCUAACGAAUAUUUCAAACACACAAAAGAGUUGGUCGUCAGAUAUAAAGACGAAUUUACAAAGCAGUUAGCUGCACUAGAAAUGGAUAUAGAUACAGGAUCCAUUACAUCUAUGGAGAGUGAGCCUGAAAUAGAGCCCAUGAUCCGAGAACAAAAGGUGCUGUUUGAAAGUCUAGAGCGCAUCAUGAACAGAAUGACGAAUGAGACGCGAAAGGACUUCAAACCAAUAAUAAUCAAAUAUUGGGAUGAGAUUAGAGCGAUCCAUAUUCAAAUUUAUAAAAAAUGCAUUGAUCCUGUGAAAAUGGGAUAUAACAUUAACAAUUACAUUGCAGCUGAAGAUGCAGUAUUAACAGUCCAAACAAUGACUGAAGCAGACGCUGUUCAACAAAUUAUCGCUGCUCCACAUAUGCAUAAUACAUUACCCCUGCCUAAGGUUGCUAUCCCUAAAUUUGAUGGUGACUACUUAAAAUGGCAACAAUUUCAUGACAUUUUUAAGCAAAUGAUUCAUGAAGCAUCGGUACCCGUCAUUCAGAAGAUGUGGUAUUUAAAAACCAAUGUUACGGGAGAAGCGGAAAAUUUAAUACGCCAUCUUUCGCUAACAGAAAAUAAUUACACAACGGCAUGGAACAUGCUUCAAGAGCGUUUCAGCAACAAAAGAGUGCUUAGUAACGCAUUAAUUCAAAAAUUAUUGGAUCAACCAAGCACUUCCAAUGAUGCAAAGUCCAUUAAGGCUUUGCACGAUAAUGUAAAGGAAACAUUAUUAGCACUCAAUAACAUAAAUAUAGAGACAGCUGGAUGGGAUCCGAUUCUUCUAUGUAUUUUGACAAAAAAGUUAGAUCGUCAGACUCACACUUUGUAUGAACAAUCCAUACAAAGUACAAAGAAAUUACAGCCUUUGAGCGAAUUAAUGAAAUUUCUCGAACAAAGGUUCCUUACCUUGGAAGCCAUUGGAUGGGAAAAAACAAAGAAACCCAUCACAUGUGCCUCAGCAGGAACUGAAAGUCAGUAUGUCUGCUAUUUUUGUGAAAAGCCAAAUCACGCUAUUUACAAAUGCACGCAGUUUUUAAAAAAAACUGUCGCAGAGAGGUUAAAUUGGGUUCAAAAGAACCAACUUUGCGUCAAAUGUUUCAAACGCGAUCACACUGCAAAGAAUUGCCAAAGAAGAGAUUGUGUUAAGUGCAAUAAAGGACACAACACUCUACUACAUUUGGAAAUCAAGUCUGAAGCCAAAACUGCAGCAUCAGCAAAUAGUAGUCAAAACACUUAUGUAUUACUAGCUACUGCUCUUGUUACAAUAAAAGGCAACAAUGGACAAAUGGGUGAAUUUAGAGCCCUACUUGAUUCAGGCUCUCAAGUCAAUGUGAUUUCUGAAAGAGCAUUGAAAAUAUUAGAUCUGAAAGUCACAAAAUCAGAACUACAAAUAAAUGGAAUUGGCGGACGAACACAAACGUCAAAAGCAAGAGUCAAUGUUAUGCUUACUUCACAAGAUAACAAGUUUAAUACAAGACUAGAAGCAAUAGUAUUGACACACAUAGUGGCAGAUCAACCAGCACAGUCAAUUGAUACGUCUCGUUGGAAGCUUCCGAAAAAUAUCACUUUGGCGGAUCCCAACUUUGACAAGACUGGAAGAAUAGACAUACUAUUGGGAGCAGAACAUUACUUCGAAAUCAUGCAAGACAAGCAUGUAUCAAUUGGAAAAGGAUUACCCAGGCUACAGGAAACGAAACUAGGCUGGAUAGUGGCUGGCAAGCUAAGACAGGAGUCAAAGAGCCAAAGCACGUGUGCAGUUUUGACUGAGGAGGACAAGGUGGAUCAGCAAAUCUCCAAGUUUUGGGAAUUGGAUUCAUUCCCGAGCAACACACCAUGCUUAUCCCCUCUAGAGAAGCGAUGUGAGCAAUAUUUUUCUCAAAAUAUUCAAAUGGCAUGUGACAAGAAAUUCAUUGUCAGACUUCCAUUUUUGGAAGAUGCUUCUUCCCUAGGGGAGAGCCGUGAUUUGGCUACACGUCGACUUUUUUGCCUGGAAAAACGACUGUCACGAGAUCCGGAAACCAAGGCAAGCUAUGUGCAAUUCAUGAAAGAAUAUGAGGCACUUGGGCAUAUGAAGGAAAUGCACACUAAGGAAAUAGCACGAUCACGUUAUUUUAUUCCACAUCACUGUGUGAUGAAACCUGACAGCUCUACAACAAAAUUGAGAGUUGUCUUUGAUGCUUCUGCUGUUACGUCGUCCGGCAAAUCACUCAACGAUUUGAUGCAUAAAGGUCCGACUGUGCAAAGUUCGAUAUUUUCAAUAUUGCUUCGAUUCCGGAUGCACAAAUAUGUAUUUACGGCAGACAUCGAAAAAAUGUAUCGUCAGAUCUGGGUCAAUCCUGAGGACCAGUACUAUCAAACAAUUGUAUGGCGAAAUGAUCCAUCAGAAGAUCUGAGAUAUUACAGACUCAAAACUGUAACAUACGGAACUAAGGCAGCUCCAUAUUUAGCCACAAAAUGCCUACAAUAUCUUGCUCAAAAGGGCAAGAGAGAAUACCCGGCUGGAGCUGAUGCACUAGAAAAGGAUUUCUAUGUGGAUGAUUGCUUAACAGGAGCAGAUUCCAUACCAGAGGCCCUCCAGAAACAGAAGGAACUUAACCAACUCCUACAAAAUUCUGGAUUUAAGCUGAGAAAAUGGUGCACAAACAACGUGCACAUACUACAGAACAUUCCGAAGGAAGACAUGAUUCCAAAUGUACAACUGGAGGAUACCACUUAUGAAGACUGCAGCGUGAAGACCCUGGGAAUAACGUGGAUGCCUAAAUCCGACCAUUUCUGUGGAAAAACGGAGAUUGCCACUAAGGAAACAAUAUCCAGAAGAGAUGUCGUAUCCGAAAUUUUUAGGAUCUUCGAUCCGCUUGGAUUGUUUUCACCUGUUGUGAUGAAAGCAAAAAUCUUUAUGCAGCAUCUCACAAAGGAAGGUUUUGACUACAAAGAAGCGCUUCCACUUCAUCUCCAGGAGGAAUGGAAAAGGUACAGGGAGGAGUUAAAAUUAUUAAACUCCAUACAAGUACCACGUCAUAUAUUCCAAGGACAAAGUCCGAUAUCAUCAGAGAUACAUACCUUUGUUGACGCAUCGGAGAAAGCAUUUGGAGCUGCAGUAUAUAUCCGAGCAAUACAUAAGGAUAAGCGGGCAACGAUUCAAUUGCUAUGUGCCAAAUCACAUUUAGCGCCCAUCAAUGCAUUAACAUUACCCCGUUUGGAACUAAAAGCGGCGGUGUUAGGUGCUCAAUUGACAGCAAAAGUAAAGGAAGAGUUAUCAAUGGAAGAUGCAUCAACCUUCUUUUGGUCUGACUCAAGGAUCGUAUUAUCAUGGAUUAACUGCUCGUCAUCCAUCCGAGACAAAUUCGUAGCUACAAGAAUAGCUACGAUUCAAGAAUUGACGAUACAAAGACAGUGGAGGCAUGUCUCAUCCGAAAAUAAUGCAGCAGAUGUACUCUCCAGAGGAAUGACGGCGACGAAGUUCAUAAAACAUAGCAUGUGGUUUUAUGGACCACUAUUUUUACACGGCCCAACAUCUACAUGGCCACCACCAUUUGUGGCUACAAAAGAGGAGUUGAUCAGUGCAAAUCCCCAAAAGAUUGGUCAGUCAUCAAUUAUGACUAUCACUCAGGAGGAUGACCUAAUCUACAAAAUAAAGCACAACAACUCAUACAACAAGCUAUUGAGAAUAGUAGCUUACAUGAUGCGUUUUCGAGGAAAGAAAACGCACACAAGCAAGACUGUCCAAGUCAAUGAGAUGAAAGAAGCUCAGAAAAUUGUCAUUCGUUACAUACAACAGAAUGACUUCAAAGAAGACAUACGUCAUUUAACAAAACAUAAGGAAACACAAAAGGGAAGUUCGAUUAACUCUCUAACACCAUUCAUGGAUCAGGAGGGAAUCUUACGAGUAGGUGGUCGACUGGAAGCGGCAAACAUUUCAUUUGACGCCAAACACCCAAUGCUCCUGCCCUACAACGAUCCAAUUGUGAAGUUGAUCCUUGGUAAGAUACACAAGGAAAACAUGCAUUGCGGCCCCCAGGCAUUGCUGACAGCAUCACGACAACAGUACUGGAUACUCAAAGGAAAAAACAUGGCCAGAAGUAUUGUGCAGAACUGCGUGAAAUGCACUAGAGCCAAGCCUAAGCUACUAGAACAAAUCAUGGGAAAUCUGCCACCUCUUCGAGUCACCCAAGCACGGCCAUUCCUCAAUUCUGGUGUUGACUACUGUGGACCAUUCAAAAUCCACUAUAAAAUUCGAGGAAAGAAGCCUAAUACAGCGUACAUAGCUAUAUUUUGUUGUUUCGCGACUAAAGCAGUACAUCUGGAGCUUGUCAGUGAUCUCACCACAGAAGCAUUUUUAGCGGCACUUCGGCGGUUCAUCUCUCGUCGAGGAAAAUGUCAAGUGCUCCAUUGCGACAAUGCUACGAAUUUCGUAGGAGCCAGGAACAAACUUCAAGAAUUAGAAGAAGCCAUAUUCUCGGAAAAGGCAAAAGAACAUAUUGUACAAGAGUGCAACAACAAAGGGGUACAGUUUAAAUUUAUACCUCCUCGCGCACCACACUUCGGCGGCUUAUGGGAAGCUGCAGUAAAAUCUGCCAAACAUCUCCUCUUAAAAAAUGUGACGACGGCAAAUCUAACUUAUGAGGAGUUAGAAACGGUUAUAGUCGAAAUAGAGGCCAUACUAAACUCUCGACCAUUAACACCGAUAUCUGACAACCCAAACGACGUAACAGCACUAACGCCAGGGCAUUUCCUGAUAGGAGAGCCGUUAACCGCACAAGCUGACAGUGAGCCAUCCCAGCAGCCAAAGACGCUAGGAAAUCGAUGGCAAGCAGUGUCAAAGUUGAAGCACUCAUUCUGGACACAAUGGUCCAAUGAAUAUCUUCAGCAGUUGUAACAGCGUCAAAAGUGGAGGAAGUCUUCGGCUAACAUUAAGGAAGGAACAUUAGUAAUACUAAAGGAAGACAAUACACCAGUAUUACAAUGGCCACUAGGAAGAAUCAUUCGAUUGUUUCAUGGCAAGGACAAUUUUGUACGAGUGGUGGAAGUAAAAACGGCAAAGGGGAUUUUCAAACGAGAGAUCCAACAUGUAGCUCCACUAUUCAACGAAGAGGAACCCACACAUAAAAAUCCGAUAGAUGAUCCAUCAGAAAACGAAGAAUCAUCCGAGGACAGACAGCCUAGGAAAAGGACACAGCCGAAUAAAUUGUCGUUAACCAUGACAAUGCUUGUAAUGUUGUUGCUGGUACCGUUAGCGAUGGCACAGUCAAUCAACAUAACCCAGUUUGGAUCAAAACCGGGUAUAUACUUUGAAAGAGUAGGAACCAGCCAACUUGCGACAACUGAUUGGACCAUCAUUGUCUAUUACAAUUUAAAGCCCUAUUGGAAAGACAUGAACACAUUCACCAUGGGGACUACAAAAAUUGGACAUCUAUGCACACAACUUCAACUAGUAGACGCAUGCACCAGUAUGUAUCAGCACUUCAAACAUAUAGAAGAGGACCUGCAAGCUGAAAAUACACUAAUAGCAAGAACACGGAGGCAAAGGGCACCGCUGGACAUCAUUGGAAACAUCGCAAGCAGUCUAUUUGGCGUAUUAGAUUCAACAUAUGCCCGAGAAAUGUCGGAAACUAUAGCAAAGGUUAAGGAUAACGAAGAUCACCUAUUAACCUUGCUUAAAAAUCAAACAUCAUUGAUUGACUCUACAAUCAAUGUGAUAAAACGGGAUGAAAUCUCAAAUUCCAAACGAUUAAGUCGAAUUGAGGAUUUCAUCACCGAGUCAAAGGGAAGGGCUGAUCAUUUUAGCGCUUUUCAAUGGUACACUACGUUGUCUACUCAGUUGACUCUAUUAUCUGCAAAUCUUCAACGAAUGCAAGCAGAGAUCAUCAAUGUCCUGACAGAUAUCCGACACAAUACAAUUAGCCCUAUGCUAAUAUCCCCCCGACAACUUAAGGAACAACUGGAGCAGAUACGGGAUCAUUUAAGGCCAGGACAAGCACUUCCAGUAACUCCCGACAAUAUGCUCAUGGUGUACCAGAUGAUGAAAGCAGAAGGCACUAUAAUAGAGGAUCAUGCAAUUAUCAAGGUUACAUUUCCAUUAGUCUCAAUAAACGAACUGGAAAUAUACAAAUUGACAGCGAUUCCGGUGCCAAAUAAAAAUGGGAUAAGCAUGUUUGAAAUAAAAACACCAUAUAUGGCAAUCAAUAGUCACCGAGACGAAUUCGUUGAACUAUCAGAGACUGAAUUCAAAAACUGUCAUCAAAGAGCAAACAAUGACUUUGUUUGCUAUAAUAAACAAACAAUGUUCUCAGCCGAAACAAGUUGUGAAUUACAAAUGUUUCACAACAAAACGGACUCUUCAUGUCACCUAGUCAACACAAAAAAAUCAUUUUUAUGGUUGAGCAUGCAUAAAAGAAAUCGAUGGAUUUUUGCAACAAAGUCAUCAUUAAAGCUAUCAGCGGUAUGUGCAGAUGGCAUUUCGGAUAUUAAGCUACAACACUCAGGAAUAUUGAUCGCCGAACCUGGAUGCAUCAUUCGGAAUUCGCUAAUGACUGUCACAAGUCAGAGCACAUUGGAAACUACUCUGCAGUUAUCAUACGCUCGGUUUGGAGAUAGUGAUCUCAACGAAACAUCAACUGAACGUUCUACAAAGAAGGUUUCAAGGAACAAUGAAAAACUGAACUACGAGGAGCUGUAUCAAAUGGAAACGAAUCUGCUACCACCUAAAGGUUUCAAGUUACCCCACAAUCUUGAAACCAUUGAUCAUCAUCAUAUUGCCAUCUACAUUGCACUGCUCUUCAUCAUGAUCAUUGUAAUGAUUCAUCUGGUUAAAAGGUGGUACACAACAAGACUCCCUUCUCAGCAGAGACAUACACUUAGCUCAUCAGCUAGUGAAGAAAACGCACCAAGGCAUCCGUUCACAAUCAAUAUUGAUGAUGGUUGAGCAUACUAUGUUCAACGGCCGGGAGGAUGUACGAUUUCAACGAAAGUACAAAAUUGUACGAUUAGACCUAGACAAAUAGCUAACCAUAAAUAGGUUAAGAUUUCCCAGCCACCUAAAGAAAUAAACGAUAAUAUGCUCUAAAUAUAAAUAUGUGACAUGCACUACUGACCUAAAUAAAUAUACAACGGACAGCUGCAUGCAUUUGUGUACAUACACUGUUAAGAUAUUUACGGCACUAUCAUAAAACACAUUCUGGAUUACCUGCAUGUGGUCAAAUCACACACCAUCUGCAUGAUAACCAUUGUGACCGUCAUAAAUAUGACCCUUGGAAUAUUCCACUGUUGGAUUUGUAGUAAUUGCUUAGUCCUAAAUAGAGAUAACACAUUUCCCUAGCAAUAUGAUACUCAGAGCUAAUUAAACAUACCUAAGAUCCUAAGUAAACAAUCAUACUCAUAGAAAUUGUAUAUAAACCUUGCAUUUUACCAAAUAAAAUCA